UCUUCUCCAUUAGGCACAUCCCGGUGCAUCUCUCAGGGUCCAGGUCAGACCUGUAGGUGACAGUUUCUCCGACUUUGCAGUCAAAGUGAAGCCGGAAGCAAGUGAAAGUGCAGAAGCUCCCCUGUCUCUCAGUCUCUGUGAAACUGUCCUGCUGUUUUCAUGCUGCUGCUCAUGGCCGGCUGCGGGACACACACUCACUGAGCUCCACCUAGGUUUAUAAGGGUCAUGCCAGUCCCAGUGAUGGACGAGCCUGUGGUCGAUCACCGGAAACGGUUUCAGGCUGCCGUGGAUGUCAUCCAUAACCUUCCCAAAAAUGGGGUCUACCGGCCCUCCUACGAGGUGAUGCUGCGUUUCUACGGUCUGUACAAGCAGGCAGUGUGUGGACCCUGUACAGCAUCAAGACCCGGGUUCUGGGACCCAGUUGGCCGCUACAAAUGGGAUGCGUGGAGCCACCUGGGGGAGAUGAGCAGUGAAAUUGCCAUGGCUGCAUAUGUGGACGAGAUGAAGAAAGUAGCUCAGGAGGUCAUCGACACCAUGCCCGUGAAUGAGAAGACAGCGUCCCUCUUCCAUCACUUCGAGCAUCUCUACCUGGUCAUUGAUGAUAUGCCUCAGCCUCCAGGGUCCCUGCUUGCAUUUACAGAAGGUAAUAAAGCCAGUGAGCAUGCCGAGAGUCCAGCAGAGAUGAAGAGUGAGGCAGAGGAGCCGAUGUCUCCUAAAGAAGAUUAUUUUCCUCCAGAGGAUCCAGACCGGGAGUUCAGCCUGGCUGAGGUUAUAGACCUCACAGCCAACACCAUCCCUAAUGACUCUGGAGUGUGCGAAGGCUUGGUGUUGACCAGUGAUUCUGAGAGUGAGAUCUACUGUGACUCUGUGGAUUCAGUGGAGCAACUCAGUAACAUCAAGAUUCCUGUAGGUAAAUGCAACGGUUUUACGAAUGGCCACGUGUCCUUAGAGACAUCAGGCCGACUGGAGGUCCGGCAGGUGGGAGCGGGUCAAGGUGGAGAGGGAGGUAGCGAUGGGAAGGGUCAGGGUCCCAUCAGCAGGAGGCGAGACACUGGGCGGGAAGGUUCCAACCACAACUGGAGAGAACGCGGUGUCCCUCAGGGAAGUCCAAGGUGGGGGGGCCCAGGUGGUGGCGGCGGCGGCGGCGGGGCUGGACGAGGAGGAGGGGAUGGUUCCGAGGGCGGGGCAGAGAGGAUCCAUGACACCCAGCUACAGCAGCAGAUCAUGGUGGCACUACGGAGGCUCAGAGAGGACAUGAGGAGUGUGAUGGACCGGCUGGAGGUUGUGGAGCGGCUCGCUGCCACACAUGCUCAGGGCUCAGAGUGGAGGACAUGUCUGCAGUGUGAAACCACAGCUUCACAUCAGCAGGAGGAGGGGUGGUGGCCAUUUGACGUGUCGGGUCAGACAGUGCUGCUCUUCAUGGUGUGGCCCUUUGUGGCUCAGGGUGUGGUCUACAUGCUGAGGAAAGCCCAGAAGAGAAGACGCAUAUCUUCGUGAAUUGACACUCAACCCGUCAGCCACAGCGAUCCAUCGGUACGAGGAGUUCCAUUUCUACAGCAGAAAGGAUUAAUACCAGUAUGAAUUCACAAGAGGGAUUCCUCCUCCACCUCCACCCUGAACACCAGGAGGAGGGAGAGAACUUUGUGGACUGUCUGUUGAGACAAAUGUACCUCAGGAUCCAGAAAUCCUCUCAUCACUGCAGAUUCUUUAUUAAAAAUAUUCAAGUGGCCUCAUGAGCUGGCCUGUGCCGGGCAGCAGGAAUCAGAUAGUCAACACGAUAUUGUUUUCAUCAAACCUGGAGAUGUGAUUAUCCUGAUCAUGACAAGCAUGAAUUAAAGACUCAAGUUUUAUUAUUAAUAUAUUAUGUAAGCGAGACCUAAUGUGCAUUCUCCCUGUUCCUCUCCUGGUUAUGCCUCCAUACCCUCAACAUCUGUGGAAAAUAUCAGAACGUUUGCUGUGAGUGUUGAGACUCUUUGUGUUUUCAUUGUAAAUGUGAGCUCAGGUUGUGGGUCAGUGUCUCUUACAUUGAAUUUGUGUGUAAUCGUUGCUCUGGUGCUGCAGCUCUUUGACGUCCUGUUCGUUACAGUGCACUCAGACACCUUUAGCUUUUUACACGUUCCAUAAUGUUGUGUCCUAAUUCGAAAAUAAAUAAAAGAACAAGGCAACAACAAAACAAAA